CGAGCGCGAGCGCAGCCGUGCUCCCGGAAGCGCCCUCGGCCUCGGCGCCUCCGCCGCCCCGGCGGUCUCCUCUGCUUCCAGGGCUUGCGAAGGCUGCGGGGCCGGGGGUCGUUCCAGCUCUGGGCCGCUCGGGAAGGGUCUGUCCCUUGAACCUCGCCCGAUCUAGACAGGGCACGGAAGUUUGAGCGGCCCGAAGUGCCAUUCCCUCCCCAUCCCCCCCAACCCCGCAGCCCCAGAGGAGAGGGGACAGCAAGAAUGGACGCGCCCUUAGCUCCCAGAGAAUCCGCUAAAUUCAUUGCCGAAAACAGCCGCGACGUGUUCAUUGACGACGGAGGCGUGCGGAGGGUGGCGGAGCUGCUGCUGGCCAGGACCUCGGGGCCCGGGCUGCGGCUGGAGGGCUGGAAGGCCCUCCACGAGCUGAACCCCCAGGCGGCCGACGAGGCUGCAGUCAACUGGGUGUUCGUGGUAGACACGCUCAACUUCUCCUUUUGGUCGGAGCGAGAGGAGCGCAAGUGUCUGGUGACGUACCGGGGCAGGACGUACAGUGGGUACUGGUCCCUGUGCGCCGCAGUCAACAGAGCGCUCGACCAAGGGACCCCAAUAACCAGUGCGUCGUACUAUGCCACAGUGACCCUGGAUGAGGUUCGGCAGAUAUUCCGUUCUGACACAGAGUUCCCCAUGCCGCUGAUAGAAGAGAGGCAUCGAGUUCUCAACGAAACGGGGAAAAUCCUGCUGGAGAAGUUUGGAGGCUCUUUUUUGAACUGUGUCCGAAAGAGUAAGAACAGUGCACAGGAGUUAAUGAGCCUGGUUGUUGAACAUUUUCCUUCUUACCGAGAUGUGACUGAGUUUGAGGGAAAAAGAGUUUCUUUUUAUAAACGAGCCCAGAUCCUCGUGGCCGACACAUGGAGUGUACUGGAAGGAAAAGGGGACGGCUGCUUCACGGACAUCUCCAGUAUCACCAUGUUUGCUGACUACAGAUUACCCCAGGUUCUUGUUCACCUGGGGGCCCUCAAGUACUCGGAGAAGCUGCUGAAGAAGCUUCUCAAAGGAGAAAUGCUUUCGUAUGGGGACCAGGAAGAGGUGGAGAUCCGAGGGUGCUCACUUUGGUGUGUUGAACUCAUCCGGGAUUGCCUUCUGGAGCUUAUUGACAAAAACAGUGAAAAACCUCAAGGCGAGAUCAAUUCCGUCCUCCUGGAUUAUUACUUGUGGGACUAUGCCCGUGAGCACAGGGAGGAUAUGCAAGCAAUCCCAUUCCAUCGUACACGCUGCAUGUAUUAUUGACU